AUGAGUCUGCGGGACCUGAUUGAAGGCGAGGCUCUGGAUGAUGAUGAGAAUGAUGCGGACAUGGUCGAAAACUCAGACGGUGAAGUUGAGCAGAGACCAGGAGGCGCAAACCAUUAUCACGACUCCAGCGAAGAGGACGAGGAUGAAGAUGACGACGAGGACGCCGCUCGCGCCGUUCGCGAAGGAUUUAUCGAUGAUGACGACGAAGAGAUCGAGGAGCGCGCCAAACGCCGACGCGAGAAGAAACGAUCCCGUCCCCGCGAGGAGCACCUCGACGAAGAGGAUUUGGAGUUGAUCGGCGAGCAUGUACCUGGACUCAGCCGUGCUUCCGCAUCAGAGUCCAAAUUCAAACGCCUGAAGCGAGGCAAGGAUCGCGAUUCCGGCAAGCAGGUUCAAGGAAUCGACGAUAUUUUUAACUCCGACGAGGAGGAAGAGGCACCUCAAUACACUCGCACCGGCCACCGCGCCGGUCAGGAUGAAUUCGACGACUUCAUUGAGGAAGACACUUUCUCCGACGAGGAAGGACAACGAGAGAGAGAUGAUCUCGAGGUCGCGCCUCCGAUCCGGACUUCGAUGCCUGGCCUUGGGGCUACCGAAGCGGCGGGCUUAGAUGAAAAUGCUCUUGAAGAUAUGCGCGCUGCGUUCGGUGAUGGCACAGAAUAUAGAUUUGCCCUCGAUAUUGAAGAACAAGAAGACGAGGAAAAAGAGGUCGAGGAGAGACACCUUGAUCUUAAGGACGUUUUCGAGCCCUCAGAGCUUGCGGAGCGUAUGUUGACGGAAGAUGAUAAUGAAAUCCGCUUACUUGACGAGCCCGAGCGCCACCAGGUCUCCCGGAAGCCGUACAAACACGUUAUCCUCACAGAAGAUCAAUUCCGAGAGGAAGCGAUCUGGAUUUCAAAUCUCAUGUUGCUCAAGAAACGCAUCGAGCCGGACCUUCGUGAGCCGUUCCAGCGUUCGGUGGCCAAGAUGUUGGAGUUCCUGAUUACAGAUGAUUGGGAGGUUCCGUUCAUUUUCCAACACCGCAAGGACUACAUGAUUCACGCUGUCAAAGAGCCAAUCAAUGGCGGCGAUCCUGCCGAUGAGACUACCCAAUACAGCAUUCGUGCGGAGAAACUCCUCAAUAUGACAGACCUUUGGGAUAUCUUCGAUUACGAUCUCAAAUUCCGAGCCCUGGUUGACAAACGCAACACUAUUCAGAAGGCUUAUGAUGGAAUCAAAAGCCUGUUCAAUGUUGAAGAUCACAAUGUGGAGGAUCUUUUGGCUGCUGCUGCGACCAUGGAGGAGCUUCAAGAUGUGCAAGACUAUAUCCAUUUCCAGUAUGCUUCUCAGAUACGCGAUAGUGCUACAGUCAAUGGGGAGAUGAACGGAGAGACCCAACGGCGCAAGGCGACCAACAAAUCGUUCUUUGAACGAGUACGAAACGGUAAGGCCUACAGCCUUGUACGUGCGUUUGGUAUUACCGCCGAUGCCUUUGCGCAGAAUGCCUCCAAAGAAGGCCGCCGACAGUACACCGAAGACCCUGUGGAGCUCCCAGAAGAUAUGUCGGAUCAAUUUGUUGACACCGACUUUUCCAACUCAAACCAUGUCCUCAAAGCUGCCAAGACCAUGUUUGCCGAAGAGCUUGUUCUAAGCCCCAAGAUGCGCAAGGUCAUCCGCCAAGCAUACUACAUGAAUGGAGUUGUUGACUGCCACCGAACUGAAAAGGGCUUACGUCGGAUCGACGAGCAGCAUCCUUACUACGAGUUCAAAUACCUACGCAACCAACAGCUCAGUGACAUUGCCCGUCGUCCGGAGAUGUUCUUGCGUAUGCUUAAGGCUGAGGAAGAGGGUCUGGUUGAAGUUCGCGUACGCUUUGAGAACUUUGAUCAGUUCCGUCAACGUCUUUACGCCGACAUUGAGUCCGACAAUUACUCUGAAAUCGCCGACGCGUGGAAUCGUCUUCGUCGUGAAGUUCUUGAUAUGGCUCUCGGCAAGCUUGAACGUGUUAUCAAUCGCAGUGUGAAAGAGAACAUUCGACAGGAAUGCGAAAACCAUGUGGCUAAGGAGUGCCGUGAAAUGUUCUCGCAGCGACUUGAUCAGGCACCGUUCAAACCCAAGGGAAUGAUCCUGGGUACGGUGCCCCGAGUCAUUGCCCUCUCUACUGGAACUGGUGUCGUGGGCCGAGAUCCUAUCCACUGGGCUUAUAUUGAAGAAGAUGGCCGUGUGUUGGAGAACGGAAAAUUCAAGGACCUAUCAUGCGGUGAUCCGUCCCGAGGCUUUGACGAUGGUGAAAACGUUGCUGCUUUCCUUAAUUUGAUCAAGCGACGCAAGCCAGAUGUUCUUGGAGUCUCUGGUAUGACUCCGGAGUCUCGCCGUCUUUACAAAGUCCUCAGCGAACUCAUCGAUCAGAAAGACAUCCGCACUCAGACCUACACCGAUGACCAUGAUGAAGAAAUCAGUGAUCGUCUUGAAAUUGUCAUUGUCAAUGAUGAGGUCGCCCGACUUUACCACAAUUCUCCUCGCGCCCGUCAGGACAACCCGGGCUUUGGACCACUCACUCACUAUUGUGUGGCUCUAGCCCGAUACUUGCAGAGUCCUCUGAAAGAAUACGCUUCCCUCGGUCGGGACAUUGUUUCCAUUCAAUUCAAACCCGGUCAACAGUUGGUGUCUCAGGAGCUUUUGCUCAAGCAACUCGAGACUGCUCUUGUCGACAUGGUCAAUCUCGUUGGUGUGGAUCUGAAUGAGGCGGUUCACGAUUCACUAACGGCGAACCUUCUCCCGUAUGUCUGUGGACUUGGUCCUCGUAAAGCGGCCCACUUGCUCAAGAUUGUCAAUUUGAAUGGCGGAAAUGUGGAUAAUCGCGUAGAACUGCUCGGUGUUCAAGCACAAUACCCAGCCAUGGGUGUUAAAGUGUGGAACAAUUGCGCCAGCUUCGUUUACAUUGACUGGGAGAACGCCUCCGCGGAUGCUGAUCCACUUGACAACACCCGUGUGCACCCCGAAGACUACGAUAUUGCACGCAAGAUGGCCGCCGAUGCUCUCGAGUUGGAUGAGGAGGACAUCAAGGCGGAGACCGAUGAGAACGGUUCCGGAGCCAUUGUCCGCAAACUAUUCCGUGAUGAGCAGCAAGAUCGUGUCAAUGAUCUGAUUCUGGAGGAGUAUGCAGAGCAGUUGGAGAAGAACCUGAAUCAGCGCAAGCGUGCCACGUUGGAAACCAUUCGUGCAGAGUUGCAGCAACCAUACGAGGAACUGCGCAAACACUUUGUCCAUCUGGGCACGGAAGAUAUCUUCACUAUGUUCACAGGCGAAACGCCCGAUUCUUUGAAGGUUGGCAUGGUGGUACCAAUUGCUAUCAAGCGGGUGUUUGAGGACCACAUUGAUGCCAGGUUGGACUGUGGAGUCGAUGCGCUGGUCGCAGAGACUGAAUUGGGAGUUCCAUACGAGCUCUCUGUGCGCAACGUGUAUCAGCAACACCAGACUGUGUCUGCCAAGAUUCUCUACCUGAACAAGAAGGGUUUCACUUGCAAUGUUUCUCUUCGAGAAGAUCAGGUUAGUCACCCAAUCCGCCGAAACCCAGACCAUGGCUUCGGCGAUUGGGAUGAAGCGCAAGAACACAAGGAUCGGGAGUCCCAGCAAGAGAGUACACAAGGUACUGGUCAAGCCAUGCGUGUCAUCAAGCAUCCGCUCUUCCGGCCAUUCAAUUCUACACAAGCUGAAGAAUACUUGGGCUCUCGGAGUAAUGGUGAAGUGGUUAUUCGUCCAUCAUCGCGAGGACCCGAUCACUUAGCAGUCACCUGGAAGGUGUCACAUGGUGUCUUCCAGCACAUCGAUGUGCUUGAAUUGGACAAGGAGAAUGAGUUCUCCGUUGGUCGCGUUCUUAAGGUUGGCGGCAAGUAUACUUAUAGUGAUCUUGACGAUCUUAUUGUCAACCACGUCAAGGCGAUGGCGAAGAAGGUUGAGGAGAUGGUUUUGAAUGAGAAGCACCAGGAUGGCAGCAAGGCUGAAACCGAUCAAUGGCUUGAGACCUACACCAAGGCCAACCCUCGUCGCUCGGCUUAUGCAUUCUGCAUCAACGCCAAACACCCCGGUUACUUCUACCUUUGCUUCAAGGCUGGCGAGCACUCUCGAUUGCAGAACUGGCCUGUGAAGGUGAUUCCCCAGGGCUUUGAGCUGCAAAAGAACCCAUACCCAGAUAUGCAGGCCUUGUGCAAUGGCUUCAAGUUGAUGUUCAGCAACAUGAAAGCCACUCGUUAA